AUGAGGAACAAAAAGUUGAGUUGGAACGUUUAGGAGGGUGAUUGAUCUUUCUGUUUGAGAGAGAGAGAAAAAUUAGAAGACAGAAGAUGCAGAAAGAGAGCGAUAAGAAAAGACAUAGGUGCAAGCUCAUCACUCAAAGUGUGAUGGCUUUCUUAGACUGUCUGAACGUCAGACACUCAUCUUCUUCUUCAGACAUGGUGAAAGCUAAAGCAAGAAAUGAGGCAGAGGUAGCUUCAUCUGUCGAAACUUCUGAUAGGAGUCUAAACGUGUCGAGUAAAUUGACAAGGAAACUGCCGGUGAGCUCAGGGAAAGGAGGCGGAGUUAACAACCACGACAUGUAGUUACAAGUCUUUUUUUUAACUUUGUUACGGUGUAAAAUUGGGUAAUCUUGUGUACCAGUAAACUCUUAAAAGAAACUUGAUUUGCGUCUCGA